ACUAUCGUAAGUGCAUUCAGUAAAGCGCGUCACUGACGUACGCUUGACCAUUUUCAUUCUUCCAAUUUAGUCAGUCGUAGUCUUCCAUCGUGAAACAGUGAACAAAACAAAGUGAUCUAGUAUCGUAAUUGAAACAUAUAUAAACAAGUCUUCAGUAACCUGAUAUCGGUGUAAUAAACUCAAUAUAGUGCUUAAAUUUUUUGAAUUAAAAAGUGAAAGGACUAACGACGAACAAUAAAAAUCAAAAUGAUCUUCUAUUCGGUAUUCUAUUUCUUCGGUAGCCUCUAUAAUCUCCUCAUACUACUCGAUUAUUCUCAAUUCAAAUACCAUGAAGACGACUAUUUUUUUUAUCAAGAAAUAUUAUUAACGUUCGGCGUAAUAUCAUAUAACAUGAUGGCUUUCUCCUCAGUGAUUAAGGAUUAUAAUAGUAGCAUGGAUCAUCCUCUUAUAGAUGACUACGUGUACAUCAUAAGAAGUCUAGGAAGUGAUACAACUGAUAGUCCCAACGGAUAUUUAUUUACUCAGAAUUUGAGUGACAGAAUAUUUCUGUUGAUUACAUUUUUGGCUGGAAUGUUCAGCUUAACAUCAAUUAGAAAUCCAUACUGGGAUGUAUCAGUUUACUUUAAUUUGUAUAUUGUGAUAUCAUAUUUACCAGCUUUAGUCUUUACUAGCAAAAAAUUACUAAGAACAUCAGAAAUAAUCGAAAAUAUUGAUCGUAAAAUUAAUGAAUUGGAGACAAUUAGACCAGAUAGAAAACGAGCUUGUGAAGAAUCAAUCACCGGCAUUAUUAAUGAGCUCAAUGUAGUCAAUAUAAAAAUAUGUACGUAUUGGAAUGGAACUUCGGAUAUUUAUGAAAAUUCGAUUUUAGUAGCAUCCAUUCAUUUGAUAACGAAACUGACAUUAUUUUCAACUUACACAAUCAAAGCAUACUUUACUGAAGGUAGAUGCAGUAGCAAAGCUAACCUAGAACUCAUAGAUGUUUUUCUGUUAUUAAUCUUCUUUCUUUGUCGUGCUGUUUAUUUUUUCAUUAUAGAAGAUCAGAUCCAUAGUAUUAAAAAAACUGUAGAGGAGAUACUGAAAAAAAGUGGGAAAAAUAGUGUCCGAGUUGAAGCAGCUUUACAAGAGUUCUCACAUACGCAUAAAUCCGUAUAUUCUAUACCUGAUGUUCCUAGACCGUUCUUUGAAAGAAUGCGGAGAUUCAUCUGGACUUCUGAAGUUAAUCAGUCUCCGAUUGAUGCCAACAUUUUGAAGGAUAUCUCUAUUUUGACAUUGAGUUUAUUUAUUGUUAUUAUGACUACCAAAGUACUUCUUGCUGUGCCAACUUUACGUGCUAAUGACCUAUGCAACCUUUACGAGUUACCAAACACCUACAUUCAAAAAGUUAAGUGGUUUCUAUUAUUGCUGUUCGUAAAAUUGAACGUGUUAGAGAGAUUUUGUGAUAGACUUUCUAAUAAUCAUGCGUUUGGAGUAAUCACUUAUGUUCUUAUAUUUUUCCUUUUUCAUGUCAAUAGUUAUUAUAAUCUGUGAUUAAUUUCAAAUUUGUGUAUUGUAUAGACAGAAAAAAUUUAUUUCUUGGCGCAAAAAAAAUUUGCAUUAUGAAAUGGAAACAAAAGUUUUCUUACGACUAGAAAAAAUUUAUUGACGCAAAGAAUUUCUUUUCCACCCCAAGAUAAUUUUCGUUUUUAAUUCAUAAAGCAAAAAAUGUCUUGGGGCAAAUGAAAAUUUCUUUGGGAGACUAAAAAUUUUUCAUGCCAAGAAAUCAUUUUUUAUGUGUAGCUCACAUUAUUAAUAGAGUAGGUAUCUAUAUUCUGAUACGUCAUUGGGUAAACAAAAAUUUUCCCAACUCGUAAUUUAAUUGUAAUUAUUUUAAUAAUCAAAUUUAUGAUUCUUAGAAAAUUUCCUUUACUUGAAUAUUUUUAAUCAUGACAUUAUUUAUAAAGGACAACAAUAAGUUACUUUUCUUUGCAAAUCAUUUUAGCUGUAUUUGAUUACUACACUAUUUUAUUACAGACAAAUAUGUGAGAAAAAAAUAUAUGAUUGUUUAUGUAAAAAAAAUAAUUGUUUUUUAAUUAAUUUGUAAUUAAUAAUAAUAAAUGGAAGGAUAUUAAUAAAAAUAUAUUAGUGUAUAAAAUGAAGCAACAAGAAAAUCCUAUUAAAUAUGUAAUCAAAUACUAGAAUCAAAUAUUGUACGCACGAUAUUGUUAUGUAUUUUGAGCUGAUGUGCAAAAGCUCAUGGUGAUUUUUUAUAUUAAAAUUUAUUGACCGAUGAAAAAAUAACAAUAAUAAUGAGUUUA